UGAGGUCCUCGGGAGCGCGCCCCCCCUGGCCAAGGAAGGUGAGCGAGUGUCUGGAGGGGAGGACUCGGGAGCGCGACCAGCCGAGGGAUCGAUCGGAUUAAACUCGAUUUGAGUGAAAUUAACACAAAGGAGAGAAGAGCAACGCACACUAGUCGGUGAGGUCGCGGAUGCGAUACACGCCGGAGAAGCAUUUCACGUAAAAACAUAGAACUUGAACUUUUUUCCUUCUGUUUAUUUAUAUUUCAAACGAAAAAGGACCACGGUGGAUUUUUUCAAGCAAGCGGAGAUACUAACCGUACUAACAAGGAGUUGAUUUGUAAAAAAGCCCCAAGUCACCGAGCUAAUUGGGAACCACAAUGAGAACCAUGGAGUAGUAAGCUUCGAAUUAGCAGCUAGCUGAUAAGCUUCUCACUGCACAACAUACCUCCCUGCAUCCACCCCCCUCCAUCUGUGGCCUCCUCCACCCAGCCAUGGCGGAUCCAGGGAUGUUGAGUCUAUUUGGGGAUGAUGCAGGUUUGUUCUCAGAUGGAUUAGAUGGUUUAGGAGACUGCUUCCCUCAGCAAACUACACCCGGCCAGUCGAACCCACUUGCCCAGCAGACCAAUUCCUCUCUGAACCAUGAGCACCAGGGAAACAGGGGUUACCACCAGGGAAUGUUGCACAGCACUGGGCCAAGCACAGGGCAGCCUAAAAUGGGGCAAAUGUAUGAUCAUAGUCCCUACCCAGGCUAUGAACAAUCUGGUGCCACUGGAGGACGGAUGAUGGCCCCAAAUGGUCCCAGUCAAGGGCCCACAAAUGUGAAUGCAGCCAUAAAUGGCAUGGCAUCCCACUACCAUAACAACCCAUCUAACUCUAGCAACCCCCACCAUGGAUACCCGGGUGAUGCUGGGGGAGGAGGUGGUGGGGGUGGAAUUUGGAGCCAGCAGCAGGGCAGAUCAGCAUAUCAACAGCCUCCAACACAAGCAGGCGGUGGCCCCAAUCAAAUAGGGGGCUAUCAGAUGUCUCAAGGCAACUAUGGUGGGUUGCAAGGCCCACCUACACCCAGUGCAACAUGCAUGAACCAACACUACCCCCCACAGAACAUGGCACCUCCUCCUGCUCAGGACCCAUCUCACUACCUGGGACGUGUUGGAAUGGGAGGGCCUCAGAUGCGACAACCCCAGCCACAGCCCCAGGGCUAUCCCAACAUGGGUCACGCACCCCGAUACCCACACUCUCCUUCCCGGCAGCCCCCUCACACCCACCAGCAUCAACAGGGCAUGGCAGGAUUUGGAGGAAGCCAGUACCCUGGUUAUCAAGCCCAGUAUGGAGCAAUUGGACCUGGGAUGGGCCAGGGUGCAAAUGCUAAUGUAAGCGCUAACACCAGCAAGGCCAUGGGACCAGGGCAACUUGGUCAGAGGUUUAACCAGGGAUCAGGUCCACCUGCUGGGCAACAGGGUCAGCGAUACCCCACUGGACCAGCACACCAACCACAACCCCUUCAGACCCAUUCUGCUCCAAUGCAGCAGCAAACAGGGCAGCAGGGCCAACCUAUGCACUCCCUAAACCACCCCCAGCAUACCCAGAGUUUGCCCCAGUCCCCAAACCAACCCCAGUCCCAUCUUGCCCCAUCAGCUCAGGGAUCUUACCCCUCCCCAUCAUCAAUGUCCCCCAUGAGAGUUUUGGGAACCCCAACCCCUCCUCCACAGCAAGGCAGACCCCCUAGUGCAGGACUAGCUGGGCCUCCAGAGGUGGCAGGGUACACUGCCCUGCAGUCUCCACCCAAUGCUAUGGGCCAUGCACAAAGAACACCCCAGACCCCUUUAACGGCACCACACCCCCAACACCAGCAGCCCCACAACAUGCUCCCCAGUGCAGGGCAGAUGUAUCCUAGUAUGGGGCCUCAGCGUGCACCAAAAAUGGGUCCAAAUAGGCCUCAGAUCCAGCAACAACAAGGGACUCAUGAAGCUCCAGUCAGCCAAGGGGGAGACCAGCGAAUGCUCCAGGCACAACAGGUCUCUCGAAGUGGGCAGCCCAUGCAGCCUGCUCCUAUGGUUUUCCAGGGUCCCCCAGUAGGUCAACAUGGAUCUUCAGGAUCAAACCAGGGCUUAGCACCGCCUGCUCAGAAUGCUCAGCCACAGCACACACACCUGCCGCACCACCACCUGCAGAGCACGCCCCCUCAUCCCAACCAGGCUUCCAACCCCUGGGCACCUCCUCCCUCCCACCACCUCUCCUCACCUCCUCUUACCCCACAGAAAGUGCCUCACAUACAGCAUUCCCCCACAGACAUGUCAGGUGAUGCCUCAAUGAUUCUUCCUGACAGGCCUGUAGUUGGCGCUAGCAUGCCCGGCCAGCCUAUCAGCACAGAGCAGUCCAGCGACCAAGAGAUGAAGCCAAAAAAGAAGAAGAAGAAGAAAGUGAAAGUAGUGGAUGGAGAGGAAGACGAUGCUGGGAAGAAGUCGGCACCAGAAGGAGCCGAAGAUGAUGAUAAAUCUGUAUUUCCUGGAUCAGGGAUAGAUGCAGCUCAACAGUUUAAUGACACAGGAGUUAUAGAAGGAAGUUCAUCACCUGUGGAGGAUAAGAAAAAACGGAAAAAGAAACCAAAGGACAAGAAAGAGGGCAAGGAGCCCAAAGAACCCAAGACCCCGAAGACGCCCAAAACACCCAAGACCCCCAAAGACCCCAAGGAGAAGAAAGCAAAGAGCUCCACACCCAAGCCCAAGACCCCCAAGAAAACCAGCAGUAAAAAGGUGGAGUUGGAAGCUGGGUCAAGCGCUGCUAAAAAGGAUUCAAAGAGGAAGAGAGAGUCGUCAGUGAGUGACUCUGUGGAUGUGAAGUCUCCGCCCUCCUCACCUCCUGAAGAAGAGGAAGACGACGGUGUACAGAAGCGUCGUUCCAGUCGUCAGGUGAAGAGGAAGAGGUACACAGAGGAUCUGGAGUUUAGAAUUUCAGACGACGAUGACAGCGGAGAUGACUCACCAGCACCUAAAUCCCCAUCUUCGUCAUCCCAGCAACAGGAUGUGGCUGAAGCUGAGGGGCCUGUUGUGGAGAAGAUCAUGGGUCUGCGUACCAACAAAAAACAGCUGGAGUCGGGAGAGGAAGUGGAGGUGGAGGAGUUCUACGUCAAGUUCAAGGGCUUUUCAUACCUGCACUGCCGCUGGGCUGACCUGGAGGAGCUGGAGAAGGACAAGAGAAUACACCAGAAGGUCAAGAGGUUUAGGGCCAAACAGCAACAACUAAACAACUUCAUAACGGAGAUGGAUGAUGAGCCUUUUAACCCUGACUAUGUGGAAGUGGACCGUGUCCUGGACGUAUCAGAGAGCACAGAUGAAAAUGGAGAGUUGGUGACUUUAUAUCUGGUGAAAUGGUGCAGCCUGCCUUACGAAGACUCCACAUGGGAGCUAAAGGCUGAUAUUGACCAGUCCAAGAUAGAGGAAUAUGAACGCAUCGCAGCACGCACACCCAACACUAAGAGAGUGGAUCGGCCUCAUUCAGCUGACUGGAAAAAGCUGGAGAGCUCCAGGGAGUACAGGAACGGCAACGCACUCAGGGAAUACCAGCUGGAAGGCCUCAACUGGCUGACUUUCAACUGGUAUAACUCACGUAACUGUAUCUUGGCUGAUGAGAUGGGUCUAGGGAAGACCAUCCAGUCUAUUACAUUCCUCUAUGAGAUUUACAUGAAGGGCAUUGAGGGACCGUUCCUGGUCAUUGCUCCUCUCUCUACCAUCCCCAACUGGGAGCGAGAGUUCAGGACAUGGACAGAACUCAACGCGGUGGUGUACCACGGUAGCCAGGCCAGCCGCAAGACCAUCCAGGCCUACGAGAUGUACUACAGGGAUACACAGGGUAAGACAAUAAAGGGCGCCUAUCGGUUCCACGCGGUCAUAACAACCUUUGAGAUGAUUCUGGCCGACUGUCCGGAGCUCCGCAGUGUCCCAUGGCGCUGUGUGGUAAUAGAUGAAGCUCACCGCCUUAAAAACAGAAACUGCAAACUACUGGAAGGACUUAAAAUGAUGGACAUGGAGCACAAAGUUUUGUUGACAGGAACCCCUCUCCAGAACACCGUGGAGGAGCUCUUCAGCUUACUCAACUUCCUGGAGCCUGAGAGGUUCCCGUCUGAGCAGAUAUUCAUGACUGAAUUUGGAGACCUCAAGACUGAAGAACAGGUUCAGAAAUUGCAAGGUAUAUUAAAGCCUAUGAUGUUGAGAAGACUGAAGGAGGAUGUGGAAAAGAACCUAGCCCCCAAGGAGGAGACCAUCAUUGAGGUGGAACUGACAAACAUCCAGAAGAAAUACUAUCGAGCUAUUCUGGAAAAGAACUUCUCCUUCCUGACAAAAGGAGGAUCGGGAGGAAGUGCAGGUGGAGGGGCUAGUGUCCCCAACCUCCUAAACACCAUGAUGGAGCUGAGAAAAUGCUGCAACCACCCCUACCUCAUUAAUGGAGCGGAAGAGAAGAUCAUUGAGGAGUUCCGGGACUCCCACAGCUGUGCAGAGAUGCCAGACAUGGCCUUGCAGGCCAUGAUUCAAGCUGCUGGAAAGUUGGUGCUCAUUGACAAACUGCUUCCCAAGUUGAAGGCCGGCGGACACAGGGUCCUGGUUUUCAGUCAGAUGGUCCGCUGUCUGGACAUACUGGAGGACUACCUCAUUCAGAAACGAUAUCCUUAUGAGCGUAUAGAUGGCAGAGUCCGUGGUAACCUGCGUCAGGCAGCCAUUGAUCGCUUCUCUAGACCAGAUUCGGAUCGAUUUGUGUUCCUGCUGUGCACACGAGCUGGAGGACUUGGUAUCAACCUGACUGCUGCAGACACAUGCAUCAUCUUUGACUCUGACUGGAACCCUCAGAACGACCUGCAGGCCCAGGCCAGGUGUCACCGCAUCGGCCAGUCCAAGGCGGUAAAGAUCUACCGCUUGAUCACUAGAAACAGCUACGAGAGAGAAAUGUUUGACAAGGCCAGUCUUAAGCUGGGGCUUGACAAGGCUGUGCUGCAGAGCAUGAGCGGACGAGAGAAUGCAAACAGCGGGGUUCAGCAGUUGUCCAAGAAAGAGAUUGAGGAUCUGCUGAGAAAAGGCGCUUACGGAGCUCUGAUGGAUGAGGAAGAUGAAGGCUCCAAAUUCUGUGAGGAAGACAUUGACCAGAUUCUGCAGAGACGAACCCACACCAUCACUAUAGAGUCUGAGGGCAAGGGCUCUACGUUUGCAAAGGCCAGUUUUGUUGCAGCAGGAAACCGAACUGACAUUUCUCUGGAGGAUCCAGACUUCUGGCAGAAAUGGGCAAAGAAAGCCGAGCUGGACCUAGAUGCCAUCAAUGGACGGAACACGUUGGUAAUAGACACACCAAGGGUGAGGAAGCAGACCCGGCACUACAGCAGCGUGAAGGAGGAGGAGAUGCUGGAGUUCUCCGAGCUGGAGAGCGAUGAGGACGAGCCAAGCAAGCCAUUGUCCAAACCACGUCGGCCCCAAGACAAGGCCCAGGGCUAUCCCCGGUCUGAGUGCUUCAGAGUGGAGAAGAACCUGCUCGUCUACGGCUGGGGCAGGUGGACUGACAUCCUGGCUCACGGCCGUUUUAAGCGCCCUCUGAAGGAGACUGAUGUGGAAACCAUCUGCAGAGCCCUGCUGGCGUACUGCCUGCUGCAUUAUCGUGGAGAUGAGAACAUCAAAAGCUUUAUCUGGGACCUGAUUACCCCGAGUGAAGAUGGAACCACUAAGACACUGACCAACCACUCUGGUCUCUCCACUCCGGUCCCUCGUGGCAGAAAGGGAAAGAAGGGAAAACCCCAAGUUCCUCCUCCACAAACUCCCCGAGCUGAUUGGUUGGCUACCUGCAAUCCCGACCAUUUGCUGCAAGAGGAUAGCUACAAGAGACACCUGAAACAUCACUGCAACAAGGUGUUGCUGAGGGUGAGGAUGCUGUAUUAUCUGAGACAGGAAGUCGUAGGUGACCAGGCCACACGUAUCCUGGAAGGAGCUGACUCCAGCGAGCUGGAUAUCUGGAUUCCCCAACCAUUCCAUGCUGAAGUCCCAGCUGACUGGUGGGACAGAGAGGCUGACAAAUCCCUGCUAAUCGGUGUCUUUAAACAUGGCUAUGAGAAGUACAACUCGAUGCGAGCCGACCCCACCCUGUGUUUCUUGGAGAGGGUGGGCAUGCCGGACGCCAAGGCUAUUGCUGCUGAGCAGAGGGGCUCUGACAUGCUGGCAGAUGGCGCUGAGGGUGAGGAUGAGGACCCAGAGUACAAGCCACUGAGGAUGCCAUUUAAAGAUGACUUGGAUGACUUCACCAACUCACCCCUGGAUGACAAAGAUGACGCUGCAGAGGGCGAGACUGAAGUUAAGUCUGGUGAAAGUGCACCUGCUGUGGACGGAGGCUCGGGCUCCAGUGAGCGUCUCUACUGGCCAGUCGCCUCUGCUCUGACAGCCCGUCUGCGGCGACUCAUCACAGCCUAUCAGCGCACCAACCGGCGGGAGCAGCUCCGCCAGGAGGCCCUCAACCGUCCCGACGGUCGCCGGCGACGGCGCAGGGACUUCCUGCCCUCCAUAGCCAUGGUUACAGAGGCAGGAGGAGGGGCCGCUUACAUCCAAGAUGGUGCAGCGGUUUUCAUGGCAGAAGGAAGCCCAUUUCUGACAAAAGGAGGUGCUUACUUUACCAAAGGUGGACAGUUCAUGCCAGAGGCUUCAUCAGGAAUAACUUCUGGUUCCCUGGUGGCUGAUGGAGCUAUGUACUACAAAGAGAGACGGCAAAGGUGGACACGUCGUGAGGAGGCUGAUUUCUACCGCGUUGUGUCCACCUUUGGAGUCGUCUAUGACACCCAGCAUCAGAAAUUUGACUGGACACAGUUCAGGGCCUUCGCAAGACUGGACAAGAAAACAGACGAGAGCCUGGAGAAAUACUACUACUCAUUUAUUGCCAUGUGUAAACGUGUGUGCAGAAUGCAGAUAAAGACCGAAACAGAACUUCCAGAUCCAGCCCUGAUCAUCGAUCCCAUCACAGAGGAGCGGGCCUCUCGAACUCUGUAUCGCAUCGAGCUGCUCCGCCGCAUCCGAGAGCAGGUUCUUCCCCACCCACUGCUCUCGGAGCGCCUCAAACUCUGCCAGCCCUCUCCAGACCUUCCAGAGUGGUGGGAGUGUGGCCGCCAUGACCACGACCUCCUCCUGGGGGCGUCUAAACACGGCGUCAGCCGCACUGAUUAUCACAUUCUAAACGACCCUAGCUUGGCUUUUCUGGAGGCUCACCAGCGCUCUAAUAGCCAGCGAGGCACUAGUAUCAGCAUUGGAGCCCAGGGAGAGAUGACCAAAGCGGGAACUGGAGCAGCGGAAAGCACGUCUGCACCCCUCCUUACCCCAGCAGAACUAGCAAGCGUUGCAGCUGCCACCAAAGUUGUUAUUCCUACGGUUAAAGUGGAGGAGGAAGAAAGGAAAAAUAUCAAGACUGAGGAAGGGACAACAGAGAUGGAUAUGAAAAUGGAAAUGGAUGGAGAUGACAUUUUAUGCGCCAAGAUUGAAGCACCUGAUGAUCAGAAGGGAAAUAAGGGAGAAGGUGAAGAAGCGACAGAUGAUAUGACUGCUUCAACAAGGAAGGAGGUCAAGAAGGAAGAGGUUGCCCAGACAGAGGCAGCUAAGGAGGAGGAGCAAUGUGGAGUAGAAAAGACUCCCAAACCUACUGAUGGCAUAGACUUAAGAGAGGACAAUAGCAGUUUGAGGGUUGUCGAUGCUUUCGGGGAACAGAAAGACGCAGGCACUGAGCUCCCCGGACUCCUCGAGACCCCUCCUAAAGUGCAACCUGGGCAGAAGACCAUAGAAGAAGUAGAUGGAGAGGAACGUGAGAAGCCAGAGUCUCCUAAAUCACCAAAGUCUGCUGACACGGAGAAGAGUCCAGAGGAGGAAGAGGAGGAGAGGAUGGAUGAGGAUGAUAAAUCAGAGAAAUCCUCUCAGGCGGAAGCGAGUGCUGCAUCAGAGCAGAAGAACUUUGAUGAGGAGAGUAUCGCAUCUCUGAGCAUGUCGGCCCGAGAUGAAACCAGGGAUGGGUUCUGCCCUGAUGACCUGACGGAAACAUCCACACUGCAGGCCUUACAGGACCGUGCGUAUGCCUUCUCAUUCUGGCCUAAGGAUCGAGUGAUGAUCAACAGAAUGGACAACAUCUGCGAGGCUAUUCUGAAGGGCAAGUGGCCCGUUACCAGACGCCACAUCUUCGAUUUCCCUAGCAACUUAUUGCCAGGGCACAGCACCGUGGUAUCCGCAGAGCGCAACGAGACCCUGCUGCAGCGGCGGAGCCUGGCCGAGCUGACGAUGGCGGGCAUCCCGACAGCCUACAGCGGGAGUGAAGACAAAACACUAUCUCCACAGGUUCACGACGACACUCUGACUGUGCCGAGGCGUAGACGGCGGAGGAGAAAGAUUGAGAUCGAGGCAGAGAGGGCGGCCAAGAGGCGCAACCUAAUGGAGAUGGUGGCUCAGCUUCGAGAGAGCCAUGCUGCUGCCGAGUCCCAGAGCCAGGCGAUGGAUCUGACAAAGGGUAUGCACCAUCACAAGGCCGGCUUUCCUAGUGCCUUGGUGACAGGACCCACCCUCAAGACCCAGAUGGAGUUGCUGCAGCAAGCCCCGCCUUCUGCACACAGAGCCAAUGGCUCACUGGAGGCUGACCUGCCCAUCAUUAAGAGGAGACGAGGACGCAGGAAAAAUGUUGAGGGGCUAGACCUGCUGUUCAUGAGCAACAAGAGAGCAGGAGGGGAUGAUGCUGAUGGAGCGAAAGUCGUGGAGGGAGGUCAAGAUGCUCCUCAUGCCCACAGAUCCCUCACAGUUCCUGAGCAGAGCCCCAGUGGCAGAUCUGUGGCCUCUGGCAGCCUGGAGGAGGAAGAGGCAGCCGUGUCCAAAAAAGAGUUGGGAGAGUGGCUGAGGCAGCACCCGUCAUACGCCAUGGACAUGGCUGGAUUCACACCAAAGAGUGAGGAGUUACUUUUGUGUCAAUUCUCAAAGCCUAAGCAGAAGCGGCAUCGCUGUCGAAACCCCAACAAGAUCGACAUCAACACCCUGACGGGAGAAGAGAGAGUGCCCGUGGUCAACAGACGCAACGGACGGAAGAUGGGUGGGGCCAUGGCUCCGCCAAUGAAGGACCUUCCCAGAUGGUUGCUAGAAAACCCAGAGUUUUCUAUUGCGCCUGAUUGGACGGAUAUUGUCAAACAGUCGGGUUUCCUCCCAGAAGCCAUGUUUGAUCGACUGCUGACCGGCCCUGUAGUCAGAGAGGAGGGUGUCCGUCGCCGAGGGCGACGGCCUAAAUCUGAGAUCGCCAAGGCAGCUGCUGCUGCCCAGGUGGCAGCCGCUCAAGCUGCCCAGGCAUCACUGGCUUCAGCUGCUUCAUCUGCAGGAGGGAUCAACCCGUUACUGUUGAACAGUCUGUUUGGAGGGAUGGACCUGUCGUCUCUCCAGAGCCUCCAGUCUCUCCAGUUGGCUGCAGGUUUGAUGGCAUUCCCUCCCCCCACUGACCCAAAGCAGGCUGCUGCCAGCGCUGCGGCCGCCUCCAUGCUGCCACUCAUGAUCCCCGGCAUGGGAGCCCUGCCUAACAUGGCCGCCAUACCUAACAUGUUCAGCCUAGGCGGGCUGUUUGGCGGCAACCUGGCAACGGCCGCUGCAUCAAACUCUACCGUCACGGCCACAACGGAGAAUUCCAAUGGAACGGUGGAGGCAGGAGAGACGGAUGAGGCGGGGACAAAAAAGAGAAAGAGAGAGAAGGAAGAAGCAGAAGAUGACGAUGGUGGAGAGAGCGAGGAGGAAGAGAAGGCCCAGGGCUAUGAGGAAGGGGAGAAGGCAAAGAAGGUUGAGAGUGAAGAAAGGCCAGAGAACGAUGCAGCACCUCGGGUCACUGCGGCCGAACGCUCGGCAGAGGCCACCAUCAACGGCGAAGCCGCCGCCCUGCUGGCCGCGGCCGGCAUGUCCGCUAACUCGCUAGCGUUCAACCCCUUCCUUCUGUCCACCAUGGCCCCCGGCCUCCUCUACCCCUCCAUGUUCCUCCCUCCGGGCCUCGCGGGGCUCAGCCUCCCCGGCUUCCCUGCAGCCUCCACGCUGGCCGAGCUCCAGAGCGCCAUGGCCGGAGCGCUGGGGGGCAACGCCAUCGCCACCAAGCCGCCGCGAGACGAGCAUGCGAAGAAGGGGCUGCAGACAGCUACAGGGGAGGAGGAAGAGGAGGAGGAGGAGGAGGAGGGAGGAGAGAGUGACUUGGCUGAGGACAACGAGGGGGGAGUAGACGAGAAGACGAGAGUGGAAGCCAACGACUCGGCUGCAGAGGAAGCAGUGAUGGAAGGAAAGGAAGAGGAGGCUGCAGCGUCUCCACAGAAGGACAGGAAUGACUGAAACUGAACUGACUGGCCUUGGACGUUUCCAAUUGGGUUCUCUUUCAUUGUUUAUUUCGUGAGCAGGUAUAUUAACUACGUGUCAGAGGACGAGGCGUGUGUGUAUUAAAUUAAAUCUGACUGAUAGGUUGGUCAGGAAGUCCUCAGAACUCGCUCCUCUUCAAAGACUCCCUUCCUCUUCCACAGUCCUUCGCAGGAGCUCACCUGGUUCCAGUAGUGCUAUGGUUGAUAUAAUUACUGCUACUUUCAGCUUUGUAUUCAGUUUUCACUUUAUUCUUUUUUUGCCUCCUCCUCUUUCUGGACUGUUGUUGGUCAGCAACUGUCGUCGGCAUCUCGUGAAAAAGAGCGGAGACGGCAGCUGCUGGCACGUUCUCGGACAUCAGUUCUCAAAGGAACAGCCUCGCGGCUAAAGCUCGCAGUCUGACGCUGCUGCAAGGGGAAUUCUGGGUAGUGGAUUUGGACUGUUCUGCUUCAGAACAGGCUUUUAGUUCUCGCAUAUCAGACCAGGUAGACUCUGAGGAGAGAAACUAGACUGGCCUAAAACUCAAGUUUUACACUGACGACAGAUGUACCGUUACAUACUUGACGAGUGACACAUUCAUUCCGACUCUGCCACUACACACACUAAAGCCUCCCCGUCACCACUGUUUAGGGGUUGCCUCGUCCGUUUUUAGUGUACGUGUGUGCUCACACACUGAAACAAUACUGUUAAUCCCAGUCCCACACUGUUUAAAUAGCCGCCUCGAGUCUUUCCGCUGCCCCUCCAAGUCCGGUGCCUCCUUCCACCUGCUUCGGAGGCUUUUGUGAAUGGAUUUGGAGCGGUAGCCCACACAGGUAUGUGAUGUUUCAGGUUUUUUCUUUAAAGGGGGCACACGAGAUACAUUUACCUGCUAACUGUCACAAACUAUGAUUACUUUUUUUUAUUUUCCUUUGCAUCCUGGUAGUUCCAGACAAAGUGCUGCUCCCUAGUGACCUUCUCUUUAAAGACUGUUGCUCUAGUCACACACACUGACACCAGGCCUGGCCAGAACAGGACUGAGACACAUUUUCAACAAUGUUGGAAAUUCACUGGUUUCUGUAUGAAGUUCAGCUCUGGUCAGCAAGUUAAGUUCUAAAUACUUGAAAAGCGCAAGGGGUGCUUGAUUUGUUUUCAUUCGUGAGGGCCAGUUUAAUUGUCUCGAGAGAAACCAAGCCCUGCCAGUGGUUCAGCUAUUUGGAAGUACAUUCAAACACACACGCACUGUGGCCAGGUCUGAGCGUUUGCUAUCGUAGCCAGCCCAGCUAAAGCAGAGGGGGACAACUGGCACUGGAGGGAGGGGGUUGAAUAUUUCUCUCUCUGUGUGUCACCACGACAAAGAUCCACGUUUUCCUCGCUAAUGCUGAGUCAGCAAUAACCAAGGCAGCUUUUGAAUGUCCCGACAUCACUCUCACGACAAACACAUGCACACACUCACUAUAUAAAUAACCACAAGUGUCGUAUGAAUAGAAAAACAGACUAAAACUGUAAAUGACAAAUAAGUACUGCAAUCAAUUUUGUCUCACUCUGUUCCUGUUGAUGCACUGGUGUUAAAGAGUUGAAAUAAUCAGGUACCUUUACUUAGCUACUUUUCUUGAAAAAAAAAACCUUUGGACUUUUUGUUACUUUUAGCCAGCAAGCUGAAGAGCAUUACCUCAAAAUUCUUAUCUAGCCUUGAAGUUUACAAACAUACCAUGUAAAUGUUUUUUCCUCUUUUAUUUUAUUUUUCUUUUUGGUGUGUGUCUUUGUUUUGUUUUUUGGAGACAUCAUGUAUGAUGAAUUGUAGCUAUGAUGCUUUUAAUAAAAGUGAAUCAUGAUAUUCGCCUAGGAAACCAAA